AUGGAGUGGCGAGGCGAAUUUCCUCAGGACUGGAAAGGCCUAAAGCCGACAACACCCUUCCUGCACCUUCCCACCCUGGAAACCGAAGAUGCUGGGACGAUUGGUCAUGAGCUGGCAAUCCUUAACUACAUUGGUCAGAAAUCUCAAAAGAUGUCGGGUGCUGGUGCAAAAGAGUUUGCUGUCUCGCAGCAGCUCAUGCAGCAGGCCGAAGAUAUCUACCAGAAACUCUCCCAGCUGAAGUCUGGAAUGCUAUCAGGUGAGGCUGCAGCCGCAUUUUGGGUUGCAAAUGAUCAGCAAACACACAACAGGAAUUUUGGCCUAAAGGUCUACCUACAGCUUCUGGAAGCUUUCUACGAAAGAUGUGGCGCACAAAGUGGCAAGUUUACCUCUUCAGGCGUCACUGUUGGCGAAUGUAAGCUCUUCUCCACUCUUCAUGCCUUGAAGCUUAUCCAGGAGAACAUCCUGAAAGACUACCCAGGUUUAAGCAACUUCUACACACGAUUUGCAUCGGAAGCAGCGACACAAUCGGUUUUGAAGGAUGGUGGCAGCUGCGUUGCACAAUAG